UCGGCUGUCAGUUGUUGUUGCAAGAAUUUAGCAAUUUUCAUUAUUUGCUUCGAAUCUUCGAUAUCAAACACGCAUAUUGGUUUUUCUCUUCCAUUUCCAUUAUAAAGAAAAUAACACGCGAACUAAACUAAAUUACAUUAAAUCGAAAUAAAAGUUAAGCAACUUCAUUGAUUUCAACAAGUAAAAAACUAAAGAAUGAGCGAUUGGACAAAAUCAAAGAAAGAAAUUAGCAAUAACAAAGAAAUCGAAAAAAUGUCAGAAAGCGCUUCGAAAUUCCUCGGCGGAGUCCUGGGAGACAUCAGUUCCCGAUCGGCCUACUCGCAAUUGUUCAUUGGAGUUGCAUCUGGAUGGGCUACCGGUUACGCCACUGGUAAAAUUGGCAAGAUCGCCGCCUUCGCUAUUGGCGGUGGAAUUAUUGUCAUGGAAAUUGCCCACCAAGAAGGUUACAUCAAGGUCGAUUGGUCUAAAGUUACAAAGAAGAUCGAUAAAGUAACCGAUAAAGUCGAAGAAGCAGUUACUGGUCAUGAACGAAGCUGGGCGGAUAAGGGCAAAGAAGUUGCACGAAAUAAUUCAAAAUUUGUGGUUGCCUUUGUUGGUGGUGCAUUCCUUGGACUAGGUUCGGCAUAAUUUUUGAUGCUAUAUCGAUUCUCCACUUCUCCACCAUCUUCCUCAAAUUGCUUACACAUUUACAAACGAAACAGUUCUUCCGCCAUCAUAUUUCAUUUUUGCGUGAACAAGUUUCAAAUUUUCAUUUAGAUGCUUCAAUAAGUUGUAAUGUUAAUACUAAAUUAAUUUAAAUGUUUAUUUCUUAUUACGUUAUUUUUAUGUUAAGACUUUGUAAAAAAGAACAACAAAUACUUUUGAAAUGUAACCAUUUAAUGCAUUUGUUUGGGAAAUAAAUCCGAAUUUUAUUUUAA